AUGGGUUGUUGCUUCAGCAGAGCCACAACCAAAAACCAAAACUCCCUAAAAAACACUCAACCCCACCAAACAUCUUCGCCACCCAAAUCAAAUCAUGAAGAAGCCCCACCUCAACCACCAGAAGAGGAAUCUGUCAAAGAAGUGCUCUCUGAAACACCCAUUUUAAAACCACCCCAAGUUCAAAUUUUGAUACCAGAAACAAAAGCCCAAAUUCCAUUAGUUCAAAACCCAUCUGAGAAAUUCAAAGAUAAGGUUCCUACAGAGGAAGUAACAGAAGAAGUAGUAGUUUCUCAGCGUUCAGAAUCAUGCACGGUAACUGAGAGCUUCUCGACCGCCACUACCGCCACCACUACUACUGUUACGGAGAAAAGAGAAGACGAAGCAACAAGCAAACCAUGCAGCAGAGAACCAACAACGACGACUCACAAGUGGAAUCGAUCUCCAUCAAGAAAGCGUCCUGUCGUAGCUGAUGCAAACGUCAGCGGUGGAAAUGAGCGAAGGAUUAAAUCACCGGCUAGAAGACCGUCCCCGUCGCCGGAGAAGAAAAUGAAGAACGGGUCAAGGUUAGUUCGUGGAAGAGAAUCCGGUUCCGUUGCAAACCGUAAAGUCAAUGCAGGUCCAACCGGUGUUCGCCGUGACUCCGGUGAGGGUUCCGGCAGGAGGUCGAGGUCUCCUUCGUGUUCUCGUACAGUUGGAGUGUCGAGUAAAAUAGGUGUCGGAGUUGGUCGGAAACAAGCUCCGGCGAAGAAGAGUGAGAGUGAAGAGGUUGGAGAGAUAAACGACAUCGUUUGUAAUGUAACGGAGAAGAAGAGUGAGAGUGAAGAAGGUGGAGAGAAAAACGACAUCGUUUGUAGUGAAGAAGGUGGAGAGAAAAACGACAUCGUUUGUAGUGAAGAAGUGGGAGAGAAAAACGACAUCGUUUCGCAGGUAGAGUCAAUUGAAAACCCUCAUGUUUCGAUGGAGUGUUUUAUUUUUCUGUAG